AGCGCGAACAAAGUGUCUAAUCGCAUUGCACACUUUAAAAAGUGUAUAAAUAUUGUCUAGUAUUAUUGUUUCGUAAAUUGUCAUUACUAAUUAAUUUGAAUUUUUAAAUAAUGGAUUUAUCUGAUAUAGACGAAGAGUACACCGGCUUCGGUAAAUUAAACUAUAAAAAUAUUGAUAAUUACAAUUUAUCUUCUGACGAAAAUUAUUGCGACAACAAAAAUAAACCUUCGAACCAACUAAAAAGUAAAACUCAAAAAAAUAAUUUGCCAUCAUCAACAUGUGAGACGGCCGUGAAAAAACCAAGAGCUAGAAAAAAAAAACCUGCAAGUUGUGUCAGCGAUGAUAAGGUUAGAGAACGUAAAGAAUUGGCCAGAGAAAAAUUAGAAUUGAAAAUAGAGAAAAAGCGGAUUAAAAAUAUUGAACCAGGUGAAUGUAUGAAAUUUAUAAAAGUUGAUUUCCAUAAUAAUAUAAGUAAAUUUAAUUUUUAUGAUGAAACUAUUUCGAUGUUGGACGCAUCUUCUGUUGAUUACUCCACUAAAAUUUCAUCGCCUGCACCCAAUAGUAUUUCUUGGAGACGAAUAGUAGAGGAGUACUCAAUAGAUCAUGACAAUAAAGUCAGUACAUCAACAACCGAGCAACAGGAAAAAUUUUUAUUGAUCAUCUGGACCUGGGAUAAAGUUAUCCAACUGGUCCAUGACAAAUCAUUCGUGUCAGCUGUCACCAGUUUGUACAAUUCAGUUCGCGAAAUGAAUUUAACGCUAGUGAUCUAUGGGGCAGGAAAAUAUUUCGAGUACCACGAGAGCAAGGGCAAGAAAAAGACAACAAAUAAAAUGUACGAGUGCAUUGACGACAUUCCCAAAGUCUCCAGAAAUCUAUUCGACGCAAAUUUAAUUCAAAUACAAAUACUGGCUAAAUGUAACAGCAGACUCAUUGAGGAGCCAGCAGACAUGAGUUUAUUAAUUUAUCAGUUCACUAAAUCAAUUGCUGAAAUUCCAUACAAAUUGGAGAUGGACAAAAAAUUAAAUGACCAACUAGAUUUCUAUGCCACCGGCGAUAACAAAAAUACCAUUCAAGUUGACAAAGAAGGCUACGGUUUGAAAAAACUCUGGCUGAAACAACUCUGCAUAUUCAAUAACUCCAGUCUAGCAGUUGCCGAUGCCAUAUCUUCUGUUUAUUCAAGUCCUCAGCAAUUAAUUCAAGCUUAUUUAAAUUGUUCCCGCGAAGACGGAGAAAAUCUUCUGAAAGACAUUCCAAUUAAAAGAUCAAUAACUUCAACAGCAGCAUCAAGGAAACUGGGACCCGAACUCAGUAAAAAACUUUACACUCUAUUCACUUCGAGAAACGGAGACCAGUCCCUGCAAAUGGACAAGUGAUCAAAUUAAUUGGUAAUACAAAUAUCUUUAGCCACAUAAUUUAUUAACAUAAUUAUCAAUUUUUAUAACAGUCUCAGGCAAUUAAAAUGUCAAUUACAUCAAACUCUAAUUAGAGAGUAAAUAUACGAAUUAAUUAUAAUUAAAAAUAACAGUAAAAAAAUCUUAUAAUACUGCGGAGGAAAUAAAAAAUCAACAGACUGAAAUUAAAUGAAAUUUUAAAACAAUUAAAUUUUUUUAUUACAUAAUAAAAUAUUAUUUACUCCGUUAAUUAUAAUCAUUAAAUGUCUGAGUCAUCGAACAGCUUACAAUCACUAGUUUCAGUUUGUACAGUAUUAUUAUCAUUAUUAUCACCAUCAUUACUACAUUUGUCUUCUGAUCCAGAUAUCAUUUUAACGGGCGUUGAAGCUCCAGCGAAUCCCGGUUGGUUUUUAUCACCAGCGAUUGUUUGGGAAGAAAGACGUUUGCGUGGAGUAUUUUUCGUCAGCACAACCUGGUCAGUAUAAUUCGUCGUCAACGUACUGGGAUUCUGUCGUUUUGAUAGAAUUAUUUUAGUAUAUUUCAUUGGAGGCUGAUUGGCUCCUGAUUGUGUUGCUGAAGUUUGAUUACGCGGUGCGUUGUUCCAGUUCACUGAAGACAUCGUCGAAUUUUGCAUCCGUCGUUGAAAGAUGACGCGAUUUACAAGACUGUCUUGCUGACUUUGCUCCUGGUCAGUUUUAUUUGUCGGAGUUGCUUUUGUUGGACGGUGGUAAACUUUGCCUUCUUUAUUACUCAGCAAAACGACUUUUGUUGGAUUUAUUUUGUUUAUUUUCUGCUGUCCGGUGUCACUGCUGGUAGUCAGAGGUAAAGAUAUCGGCGAUUUUUCAAUGGCAUUCAAAUUAUCGUCGUCUUUAGCAAAUAUUAUUGGUAUGUCUAAAAUAUUUCCUAGAUCGUCAUCGUCAAUUUCUAAUGGUGGAUUUUUAUUUAAUGAUGACGUCGACUGCUGAUGGUUCGUUUUUUCCCAUGGAUUUUUGUUACCAACGGGCGUUAUUUUGGGCAGAUCGCUGUCGUUUUUAAAUGAAUUUUUAAUUUUA